UCACGGUCAACGGCAUGCUGAGCCCCCCGCCCGGCAGCCAGAGCCUGGUCCACCCGGGCUUGGUGAGGGGCGACACGCCGGAGCUGGGCGACCACCCGGGCCAUCAUCACCACCACCAUCACCACCCGCACCCGCACCCGCACCACGGAGGCGGCGGCGGCGGCGGCGGGCUCAACAGCCACGACCCGCACUCGGACGAGGACACGCCGACUUCCGACGACCUGGAGCAAUUCGCCAAGCAGUUCAAGCAGCGCCGGAUCAAGCUGGGCUUCACGCAGGCCGACGUGGGCUUGGCCCUGGGCACUUUGUACGGCAACGUGUUCUCGCAGACCACCAUCUGCCGGUUCGAGGCUCUGCAGCUGAGCUUCAAGAACAUGUGCAAGCUCAAGCCCCUGUUGAACAAAUGGCUGGAGGAAGCCGACUCUUCCACGGGCAGCCCCACCAGCAUCGACAAGAUCGCGGCGCAAGGCAGGAAGAGGAAGAAGCGGACCUCCAUCGAGGUGAGUGUCAAGGGGGCCUUGGAAAGCCACUUUCUGAAAUGCCCCAAGCCCUCCGCCCAGGAGAUUACGAACCUAGCGGACAGCCUGCAGCUGGAAAAAGAGGUGGUCAGGGUUUGGUUUUGCAAUCGGAGGCAGAAAGAGAAACGGAUGACCCCCCCGGGAAUCCAGCAGCAGACACCCGACGAUGUCUACUCCCAGGUCGGCAACGUGAACUCCGACACGCCGCCCCCACACCACGGACUCCAGACGAGCGUGCAGUGAGCAGGCAGGCAGGCAGGCAUCGUCGCGAAAGUGAGAGGGAUUCUUGAGGCGAAGAAGGGACAGGAAGAGAGGGUGAGGCAGAAAGAGCGAAGGGGAAAAGGAGGGAGAAAGCGGGGGGAGAGAAGCGAGUAAAGCAGCGGUGGGCACAGGGGGUUGAGGGAGGGAUGGGGAAUACACAGACCAUAACAUAAAACGCACACACUUGCAGUCCAAACACAAACUCGCAGGCUUUCUUUCCCUUUUUUUGAAAAAAAAAUAUGUGUCUGGACAACUGGGAGUUGGCCAUCCGGACGACUAAAAUUCUACCUUGCAGAGCAUUGUUGAAACCCAAAGACAUCCUUUCCUUAACAGCCUAAGAACAAUAACAAAAAAACCCCUAAAUUAUGCCCUGCUAUUGUUGCUGCAGUGAGAGCGCCUACUUCUACACUGUGCGCUGGCUUUCCCUCCCUCCCCCUCUCUCUUUCUCUCUCUGUGUGUCUUUGGUCCAUCCUCAUUCCCUAGCUUCACGCCUUCCACCACCACCCCCCAUGCGCGCGCGCGCACACACACACACAAACACACACACAUACACACACACACACACGUCCUUUUAAAGGACUGCUUUACAAGAUUUCAUCGAAAGGAACUUUCUGUCUAACUGUCUUAGCUCCACACAUGUAGGCACACGCAGGCUUUUCUCCUCCUCCUCCUCCUUCUAAUCGUAAGGUCCAAGAGGGAAGGAGGAAGGUGAGGGGCAAAAUCUCCCUGGAUGAUACUCAUUGUAUUCUAGAACAAUGUAGUUUUUCCUUGACCAAACUGCAUUAUUUCGAUAAUGCCAAGACAGGAGCCCCUUUUAAAAGAAUAGGAAAAAUAAUAAUCUGCAUAAUGGAGAGGGUCACCUUCUCUACGUAGGGGAGAGAGAAAGAAAAUAAGGCAGGCAUCUCUUUAAAAAAAAGUCAAGCUGGUUGGAUAGGAAAGCAAAAUUAUAUGCGAGGAGAAAAAAGAAAGAGGGAGGAGGGGAUAAAGAGAGGGGGAAAGAUGAAAGAAACAACGAAAGAAAGACUCGCAAAUUGAAAACUCACCCUGAAAAGAAAGAGGGUAGAGGGAGGGACUCCUACCAGCGA